AUGGUGUCGUUUCCCCACAAUGAUCUCAUCAAUACGCGCCUACGUCAUCGCUCAAAUUCAUCCUCCCCUCUAUUAAAACGCCAGGCACACGACACAACAACACACAAUCAGCACUCAAGCAAAGUUAAUUCACGAAUACUUCCUUUACUUUACCCAAACCAACUCCACAUCACAAACUCAUCAUGUCUGGAAACUCAUCCGUCGGAAACUCGGCCGUCUACCAGGCUGACGACCAGCGCACCGUCAGCGACGCGACUAUCGAAGAGCAGAAGAAGGAGAACCGCUUCCACGAGGGCAAGGACAACUCACACAAGGCCAACGACCCCAAGGACGAGCGCUCCAUCAAGAACAAGCUCGAGCGCGAAGAGAAGCGCGAGAACGAGGACGAGGACGUGUCUCUCGAUGAGCAGCGCCGCCAGCAAGACGCCACUCUGCCCGCACGCGCACACGGCAACGAGCCCAGCAAGGGAGCGAAGAUUGACCAGCAGAUUCGGGAAGAAGAGGAGGCUGAGCUCAAGCGCAAGGGCAAGGCUUAGAUACCCCACUGCACAAGUUUGUGAGCAUCUAAUGAGCAUAAAAAUAAGCUGAAGCUCAAGUAAUGAAGUAAAUUGAAGAUCAACGCCAAA